AUGACCACCCAGAAAGUCGCCCUCAUCACCGCCGGCUCAGCCGGUCUCGGCGCCCAGAUCGCCCGCGUAUUCGCACCUGACUUCAGAGUUGUCAUCAACUACGCCAACAACGCCGAUCGCGCACAGGCCCUGCUGCAAGAGCUCCACAACAUUCCGCUGGCCACCAGUGUCCCCGCCGCGUCUGCCGCCACACCGCGUUUCCAUGCCAUCCAAGCCGACGCCGGCGACAAGGCUUCGGUCCAGGAGCUUGUCGCCGAGACGGUCAAGACCAUGGGCCGCCUGGACGUCGUUGUCUCAAACGUGGGCUGGACGCGCAUUACGAACCUUCUGAACUUUGACGAGGGCGUGGUCGAGGAGGACUGGGAUAAGUGCUUCGUCUACAACGUCAAGACCCACAUGUGGCUGGCAUACGCUGCCAAGAAACACCUCGACGAGACCGAAGGUGCUUUCAUCACCACCGCUUCCGUGGCCGGUGUCAAGCCGAGCGGCAGCUCUUUGCCCUACGGUGUGACCAAAGCAGCGCAGAUUCACCUGGCGAAGACGCUCGCUGUCAUCUGCGCUCCGAAGAUUCGCGUAAACUCCGUCAGCCCGGGCUUGCUGAUGACGGAAUGGGGCGCCAAGUUCCCCGAGGCCAAAAUCAAAAAGUCAAUCGAGAACACCAAGUUGAAGCGUUUGGCUACGGUUGAGGAUGUAGCGAAUCAAGUGCGGACGCUCGCGCUGAGCCAAUCAGCCACCGGAGGCAACUACCUUAUCGAGAGCGGCAUGACCCUUUAG